GAGUGGGCCAAAAGAACUGAAAAGCAAUGUGAAUUUUUAUCUUUAAUUAUGAUUUUAAUAUUUAAUGGAAUCUUGCUGAGAUAUUAGAGAAAUUCAUGAUGAGGAUGAUCCUUUACAAACAAAUAGCCAUUCUAACAACCACUCUUAGACUCAACUAAAUUACUCAAUUGAAGAGCCUUGAUGUUUUAAAGACUUUCUAGUAGAUUUGAGCUCAGAAUAUAAGAGACUAAGAGUAAUAGAAAAGACCUUUAAGUAUAAAAGCUAACUGUCACUUCUGAAGAAUAAGCCAGAUACAACAAGAGCUACUUUAUGAAAGAGGUAGAAUGGACCAGACUGACUGGGAUGACUUUAUCACUCUGAACCCAGCUAUUUUCAAGAGAGCUGAAUAUAUACAAGAUGCCAUUGUUAAACUCCUUGAGCAAUGUCAGUCCUUGUUCUCAGAUGGCCCAAAUAAAAAGAAAAAGUCUCACAAAAAGAAGAAUAAUGAUAACCAGGUAAAGCACUAAGAGAUAAGCAAAGCCUGUAUGUUAUGGUCUAUAAGAUACCAUAUCUCUCGCUUAAAACAAUGCUAAUCUAAACGUUGUAUAUAUAAAUUUUUGCACUAAAGAUGAUGCUGAAGAUAUACUCCAAGCUGAGAUUAGCAAACCUAUAAUACCAAGAUGCGAACUUUGAAAGUACCAUCAAUGAGGAAAUACAAGAGAAGACAAAGUUUGUAAGUCCCUCCAGCUGGAUUAUUAUAGGUGCCUCAAAUUUUAGAUGUGUUUCUCAUCUCUACUCUUGCUAACUGGAAAGAUCAUUCAGUAAGAAAAUAUUUACCAAAGUUAUACUAAGAGAGGGAGGAAGACAGUCCUUAAAAGCAUCAAUUUAAAGACCCUUCCUUACAAGACCUCGAAAGAUAGGGAUAAAUAUAACUUCGGAACAAGCCAUUGAAUUUAAUAAUCAAGUGUGGUCAGCUGUACAUGAAAACAUGAAAAGCUCCUAUACUACUGGAGAAGAUGAAUAUUUCAGGUCUGAAGAUAGACUUCUUAUUAAUUGUGUAGAUAACACAAAUCAACAUCUCCUAAUGAAGCUAAAGGGAAUUAGCCUUACAAUGGUUAACGAGAUAAACUUAUGAAACAUCUCUGAAGACAAUCAGAAAGAUGUAAAAUCAGUUCUAAAUAAUUUGAUCCCGAUGAAAGUUAACGAGUUAUCACUUAAGGCUUGGGGCCAAAUUCAAAUUAGUCACUAUAUGACUGAAAUUAUUCGAGGAAGCUCAAGAACCCAGACAAGGUUGGCACUUGAGCGUUAUAGAAUAAAUUCAUGUAAAGAGGAGUCGAUCUACCUAUUUAUUCUAAGCAAAAACAGCUAUUUCUUAGUAAAUAAUUUUUACAGUUUCAACCUAAAUUAUCUCCAAUUCGUUAAAACUUUUGCAGCAUGCAAAUAUCUGAGAGCGAUAAAGUUAUGCCUAUGCGAGAUCACUUCGAAAGAGUUUCCUGAUUUUUCUAAAGCACUGCAAGGAACUUCUAUUCAAAUGCUAUCUUUGGAGGAUAUAAAUUGAGUACUUUUAAUAAUCAGCCAAGGGAAAAGAUAUCGAGCGGGCCCUGAAGUACUUC